CAGUCAGUUGGGCAAAAGCAGGCCACCCUAAAACACAGUGAAUUAUCAAGAAUCGACAAAAAAAAAAAAAUUUGUGCUGAAUAAAAGUGAAAAUUUGUGCAUUAUUGAGAAGAAAUAUUUAAAUAAAAAAAAUAUUUUUUUCUAUUUUUAAAACAACAACUACAGUUAAUACAAAAUGAGCAAAUUUGCGUGGGUGACGCUGACAACGAAUGACACGUACUCGCUGGGUGCUUUGGUGUUGGCACAUUCGCUGCGCCGCACCGGUACCGCUCAUCAGUUGGCCGUCUUGGUGACGCCUGCCGUGUCAGAGGCAAUGCGCCAACGCCUACAGGAUGUAUACAAUGUUGUGCAGGAGGUGAAUGUUUUGGACUCACAAGAUGCCGCCAAUUUAGCGCUGCUCGCACGUCCCGAAUUGGGUGUCACAUUCACAAAGUUGCACUGCUGGCGCUUGGUGCAAUUCGAAAAAUGCGUUUUCCUCGAUGCCGAUACACUGGUGCUGCAAAACAGCGAUGAGCUGUUCGAGCGCGAGGAACUGUCGGCCGCACCAGAUGUUAGCUGGCCCGACUGCUUCAACUCGGGUGUGUUCGUGUAUCGUCCCAGCCUGGAGACAUUCGGCAAAAUCACAGAAUUCGCUGUGCAAAAUGGCAGUUUCGAUGGCGGCGAUCAGGGCUUAUUGAAUUUGUACUUUGGCGAUUGGGCGCACAGCGAUAUUAAGAAGCAUUUGCCAUUCAUCUACAAUGUGGCCGCAUUCGCUUCCUACUGCUAUUUGCCCGCAUUCAAACAGUUCAGAGAUAAAAUUAAGAUUUUGCAUUUUGCGGGCAAAUUGAAGCCAUGGCUUAUACAAUUCAAUUCCGAGAAUCGCACUGCACUCACGCCCACAGAAUAUGCGCAUGCCACCGAUUUGAUACAGCUCUGGUGGAGUAUCUUCUGUGAUAAUGUUCACCAGAACUUGUCCGAUAAUAUGUGUGGCGCUAUUGAGCAUUAUUACUAUCAUUAUCAACAACAACAACCAGCAAAACAACAACAAUACGAUCACUACCAUCAUCACUACGAAUAUGAGCAUCAUCACCAUCACCAAGAACACCAUCAUCACCAAGAACACGAGCAUUCGCCCCCAUCACCGCUUUGUUCUUAUGAAUUCGGUAAGAUCAAAGCGUUUCGUGAUCCUUGGGAAGAUUACUAUGAGAACUUAGCCAGAGAUCAUAGUGACAGUGAGCAAAAUAAUGAAGCAAAUACGCAAAGUGAGCAAUCACAACAAAACCAUCACGAGCAAGAAUGGCAGCUAUCAGCACCAGAGCCAGCACCCACGCCUGAAUGGCAAAGCAGCGAUGUAGAACAGCAGCAUAGUGAUGAGGGACUGAGAGUUGAGUGGUCACAGGAAUACAAUGAGGCUCAUUAUAACCAACAAGAGGCUUGGGUUGAAGACACACAACCACAGCAACAACAAGAACAACAAGACUAUCACCAUGAACAACAAGAAAAGCCAAUAGAACAAUAUCACAGCCAUGGGUCUCAUGAAUCCCAUAUGCAAUAUGAGUGCCCAGCACCAAGUACAAAUUCUUCAACUAGCAAUUUCGAUGCCAAUGAGAAUGUUGAAAUGCCAGCAGAGAAUCAAAAAAAAAAAAAUUAUGAAGCUGAAGUUCAUAACGAAAACACUGCCAAAAAACCAAAAGACUUAACAUCUGUAACGCCAUCAAGGAAUACAGAUGCUACAGCGAAUAUAAAUACCGUUAGCGGUAGUAGGUCUAGUACAGAUAAGCAAGCAUGCCGUAGUGAGGAAGAGAAUGAAACAAAAGAAAGAGAAAACAAAAACAAAGACAAAAAUGAAAAUAAAAACGAUGAGGCUGGUUUGGCUGGCGCUCUAUCACAAUUGCGCCUCGGCGAGCAACGCACUCCCGAACAGGAAGCCUACGAACAGCUAAUGCGUCGUCAAUGCUGGGAGGCCGGACAAAUCGAUUAUGCGGGCAAAGAUUCCUUUGACAAUAUUUGGAAAAAAAUAACGCAAACAUUGGAAUCGAAGCCGAGCGCAUCGCCGCCAAAGGAGGAGGACAAGUCUGGUACUUCAUAAAAGUUUAUAAAUUAAAAAAAAAAAAAAACUAUAUACUAUAUAUCAAAAAAAACAACAUUAACAUUUGAAAGAAUACAGACGUCCUCCACAUGAUAUUCAUACAAAGAAACAUUAAUUGAAAAAAAAUAUA